AUGCCAAAGAUGGGACAAGAGUGGAUUUGGUUGGAUUCUCAACAAGACUAUCCCGAUGACUCUGAAUUGAGCAAUGACUGCAGGUCCCUCUUCAGCUCAUGGGACUCCAGUGUGGAUCUUGAUGUGGGCAGCUGGAGGGAAACUGAGGAUCCAAGGGCUGAGGAACUAGAGGAAAGCAGCCCAGGGAGAGAACCUAGUGAACUGCUUAUGGGGGAUGGAGUCAGUGAGGAAUCUCAGGAAGAGUCAGAGCAAAUCAGCCGCCAGAACCUCCUCCACUUCCUCUCUGAGGGGAAGGCUCAGCAAGAAUCCAAAGAGGAGGACCAGGGUGAAGGGUAUGUGUCAGAGAUGGAAGACCAGCCCCCUUCAGGUGAAUGUGAUGAUGACUUCAGCAUUCCAGAGACUCCCCUGGUGGAUGUCCUUUUCAGCCGUGCUGCCUCCUCAAAACUGACUGAUCUGAGCAAGGCUGACCCUGUUCAGGAUCAUUUGCUAUUUAAGAAGACUCUCCUGCCAGUCUGGAAGAUGAUUGCCAGUCACAGAUUCAGCAGUCCAUUUCUGAAGCCUGUGUCAGAAAGGCAGGCCCCCGGGUACAAGGAUGUGGUGAAAAGACCCAUGGACUUAACUAGCCUGAAGAGGAAUCUGUCCAAGGGACGGAUUCGCACCAUGGCCCAGUUCCAAAGGGACCUAAUGCUGAUGUUUCAAAAUGCUGUGAUGUACAAUGACUCUGAUCAUCAUGUGUACCAUAUGGCUGUGGAGAUGCAGCGAGAAGUCUUGGAGCAGAUUCAGGUGCUGAGUAUUUGGUUAGACAAAAGAAGAGACUUAAGUAGUGUGGAAUGAGAACAAGCCAACCCAGUGGAUGAUGGAAACCCUGUUUUGUGAACCUGGAGCUGCUACCCUACCUUUUCUGGAGUUUGGACCUCUCCCUGAGACGCUGAUCCAGAGAAGAUCCCAGGACUUGUUUACACCUCUCUGUUGUCUUUUCUAGUAAGAGUAAUACCUUAACUCAAAACCAAGUAGUCAGAGAUGCCUGCAGACAUAAUAUAUAAAAAAGGAGGGAAGCUCAAUUUUGGGUUUAUGCCAUCUUUGUUCUGUAUGUUUAAUUUAAGAGAUAAUUAUUUAAUACAUUAAACC